AUGGUCCACACGGGGGCCGCUAUGCGCCAUCCCAGGAAGCUUACGGAAGAGCUAAACCAGAAAAGAGCAGAUCUUAUUGUAAGCUACUUUGCAUAUUGCCAGUUGACUAUAAAUUUAGAUCUGUCUUUGACUCAGUCCAGCAGGCACUGGAACUGGAGAACUCAGGUUUCCACACAAGACAUCAAAGCUAAGAAAAGCGGUAAUGCCAUGGACAAAUUCCCAGUCUUCAGCGAUUCCUAUACUGGACCGAUGUCCCAGUUUUGCUACAGGGACCUUUUUGAUAGCUUUCAUUUGUACCCAGAGUCCUCCCACCAGUUUCCUGGUCCUGAAGAUUUGUCUCUGCUUCCAUUAAUCCCAGAGCAGCUGACAGCUGAAAAUCCCUACACCAGUCCUUGCAGUUUCCCAUUUCAAGCCUUCUGUGGGAAUUUUAGAAGAUGUGAGUACUCCUGCAGCCCUGCUUUCAUCAGAAAAAGAAAUGAAAGGGAAAGGCAGAGGGUUAAGUGUGUCAAUGAAGGAUAUGCCAAACUCAGGCAUCACCUACCUGCUGAGUACUUGGACAAACGGCUCAGCAAAGUUGAAACUCUUCGAGCUGCAAUUAAAUACAUCCGACAUCUGCAGUCUGUGCUACACAGUGAUUCAGAGGGGAAUAGCAGGGAAGCUCACCGGUCCUCCCAGGACAGAUCUAGAAAUGAUUCAGUUCCAAAGAUGUCAUAAUCUGUUACGGAGCAAACAUAGUACCUCUAUAGGUAUCCAGCAUGUAAGGAUCAGAUUAACUUGCAAGAUAGACUGUGCUGGACAGUAUCUUAAUUUCAGCAUAUUAAUUUCAGUAUCUUAAUUAUAGGUAUGAGAUGAAUGUUGCUAAAAUGUUCAAAAGACUGAAUAGCUGUAAUUGUUUAAAAGAUUCCAAAAUAUGUUCAAUAUAUGUAGGACUGAAAGUUCGAGCAGAUACAACCCAA